AUGGCCGACUACGCAAAACCUCCCGCCGGCGCGACCCUCGCCAUCACGCCCUUCAAGGCACACGUCGACGAGGAAAAGCUGCAGCACUUCAAAACACUGCUGCAGCUCUCGCCAGUCGGUCCCGCCGUCUUCGAAAACACCCACGCCGGAAACACAUACGGCAUCACGAGGGACUGGCUCCAGAAUGCCAAGAAUACCUGGCUAAACGACUUUGACUGGCGCAAGCACGAAGACCGCAUCAAUUCGUAUCCCAACUUCAAGACGUCGGUCCAGGAUCCCCAAGGCAACACCAUCGACGUCCACUUCCUGGCUCUCUUCUCCGAGAACCCGCACGCCGUCCCCAUCGCCCUGUUCCACGGAUGGCCAGGCUCCGUGUGCGACUUCUUCGACAUGCUGGACCUCUUGAGGCAGAAAUUCUCGCCGGCAGACUUGCCGUACCACGUUGUCGUGCCCUCGCUGCCGGGGUACGCCUAUUCCAGCCUGCCCCCGGAUGUAGAUUACGGCAUCGACCUGGCGGCCGGGGCGAUGCACAGCCUCAUGAUGGGCUUGGGCUUUGGGUCUGGAUACUUGGUCCACGGUGGCGACCUGGGCAGUUUUGUGAGCAGGAUCAUGGCGCUGCGGUACGCCGAGUGCAAGGGGAUGCAUGUCAACAUGAUGGGCGCGCCGGCGCUGGAUGAGAACCCCCCACGCAGCGAGGACGAGAAGCAGGCGUUGCAAAGGGCGCUGGAGCAUAUUGACACUGCGAGCGGAUUCAUGUUGCAGCAGGGGCAGCGCCCGGCGACUGUUGGACUGGCACUGAGUGCUAGUCCUUUGGCAUUGCUUAGCUGGAUUGGUGAGAAAUUCCUGGCGUGGACAGAUGGCGAUUUCCCGCUCGACAAGAUCCUGGAAAGUGUGACGCUGUACUGGAUGACGGAUACAUUUCCUCGAACCAUGUAUCAUAGUCGCGGGUUGGCCGGCGCACAUGACAAGCCAAAGAUUGCGAGAACCAGCGUGGUCAGCAAGAUGACGGCGCUGCAACUUCCGUACGUCGAAAAGCCGUGCGGCUAUUCCCUUUUCGCCAAGGAGAUUUUCCCUGUUCCCAAAACUUGGGCGGAUCUGAGCUGCCGUCUGGUGUCGUUCAACCAACAUGCGCAGGGCGGCCACUUUCCAGCCAUGGAGAAACCACGCGCACUGCUCGCUGAUGUGGAGGCGUAUGUCGAGAAGGCUUGGACUGCAGACGACUCUGCAAAGUGA